AUGGAAGCGUUACUAUUUAUGAAGACAAGGGUCAGUGAAACCCUUCGCAGUUAUGCCAGUCAGUAUUGGGAGCUUUACAAUGAGAUUGGAGGGGGUAACGAGAAGAUUGCAGCAAGCACUUUUAGGAUGGGGCUGCCUGAGGAUACCGAACUACGAGAAUCAUUGACGAAGAGGCCUCCCGAGGAUAUGAGGCAACUCAUGAGGCGCAUUGAAGAGUAUAAACACCUUGAGGAUGAUCGACUACAAAGCAAGGGCAAGACUCUGUUGGUAAAUCGUCCUCGGCAGGGGCUUUUUCCACUAAAACCCCGAAAGGAUUUGAGAAUACAAGAGCCUGAAGUACAAAUAGGGGAGGUGAACGUGGCAUUCAAGGAACCAAGGCACAAGAUCGUAGACCAGAUUAAGAAUGAGUCAUACUUUAGAUGGCCGAACAAGAUGGGGGAGACCCAUCCCAGAGGAAUCAGAACUUAUACUGUACCUACCACAGAGGAGUUCGUGGUAGAUUCCGGGAACCGGGGUACUGGGCAAGGAGCCCAGCAAAGAGGAAUUCCUCUCCUACCCCCACUGGGAGUGAUUAAAGUCAUCCAUGCCGCGCCGAGAAGUACGACGGUGACAAGAAAGGGGGUAUUGACUAUUAAACCUGUAGAAAAUUACUCAGAUGAGCAGCCCCAAGAAAACAAAAUGAAAUUUACUUGGGAACCCCUUACUUUCGAUUAUGACGACCUAGAGGGAACAAUCCAACCACAUGAUGAUGCGUUGGUGGUGACGGCUCAAAUAAAUGGAUUCCUAGUAAAGAGGGUGAUAAUAGAUCAGGGGAGUGGAGCAGACGUGAUGUACCCCAACCUGUUCAAGGGACUUGGGUUGAAAAAUGAGGACCUCUCAAAGUAUGAUACGCCUUUGGUCGAGUUUGAUGGCAAGGUGGUGAUUCCCUAG